CGGAGGCGCCGGCGGCGCGCGCGGGUCGGUUAAACAGCCGCGGCGGUGGAGCCGAGUGCGUGCAUCGCUUCGCGCCGUCCCGCACCUUCACCGCCCUGCGUCCGCACUGCGCCGAUAUCGCGGCGCCCGCUCGACGGCAAUCAUGAGUGAUCGAAAGGCAGUGAUCAAAAAUGCGGACAUGUCGGAAGAGAUGCAGCAAGAUGCUGUGGAGUGUGCAACUCAAGCCUUGGAGAAAUACAACAUUGAGAAGGACAUUGCUGCUCACAUAAAGAAGGAGUUUGACAAGAAAUACAAUCCCACUUGGCACUGCAUUGUGGGAAGGAACUUUGGCAGCUAUGUGACUCAUGAGACCAAGCACUUCAUCUACUUCUACCUCGGCCAAGUCGCUAUUCUUCUUUUCAAGUCUGGCUAGAACCAUGGACUGUUUCUGAAACUUGCAUCCAGUUACGGGACUCUGACUAGUUUACUGCAGCCUUCCUGAGGACACAGGCCUUGACCUUCAAGGGCGAUGGCAGGGAUUAUAUUGUAAGAGAUGACAUUACAUUGUGGAUAUAAAAAGGAGAAGUACCAAAAAAGUCUUCCUUGUAUUUAUUUUUUUUUUUCCAGAAGGCUCCUCAUUUGCUAUUUGAGCUUUUGGAGCAGUUUUGCUUUUGCGAGUUUUAUAACCAUCUACUGUAUUUCCUAAUUACUGCUAGUGCUAUGCAAGUACUGACAGUGUUUAGCUCUUUGUGUUCCAAACUUCUUGUAUUCUUCUGAUUUUACUUUUACAAAAUAAUAAUUCUCGUUUUGCUGGAUGUGCUGUCCAAAAACCUGAGCUGUUUCUUUUUUCUGCUGUCUCUGGAGAAGUGUGCUGGAGAAUAAAAGCCAAGUUCCACCCUA